AUGGUACCAAAGAAAACAAACAUUUGGAGGAUGUGUGUGGACUUCAGAGACUUGAACGCUGCUUGCCCAAAGGAUCACUAUCCUCUGCCGAGGAUUGACCAGCUGGUGGAUGCCACUUCGGGAUGCGCCUUACUAUCUAUGAUGGACGCGUAUCAGGGAUACCAUCAAGUUAAAAUGAACAGAGGAGACGUUGCCAAAACGGCCUUUGCCGUCUGUUGCGGGGUUUACGGCUGGAGGAGUAUGCCGUUUGGCUUGAAAAAUGCGAGAGCCACGUAUCAGCGGAUGAUGGAAAAAGUCUUCAAGGAACAACUUUCCAAAAAUAUCUCAGUGUAUGUGGAUGACAUGCUCGUGCGGAGUAUCAGGGCAGAGGACCAUGUAUCUGACUUGGAAGAAAUCUUUACUGUUAUCAGAAAACACCGGCUCAUGUUGAAUCCAGCAAAAUGCACUUUUGGGGUCACAACAGCGGAAUGCCGAGCGGCAUUUGAGGAUCUUAAAGUGUAUCUAGCGAAGCUCCCGACUCUGACCAAGCCGGUCCCGGGAGAAACAUUGUAUCUGUACAUAGCAGUGGGGGAAGAUGCAAUCAGCUCUGUGCUUAUCAGAGAGGAGGGAAGUCACCAGAAACCCAUCUACUUCGUCAGCCGAAUCAUCCAGGGUCCUGAAUUGAAUUACACAGAGAUAGAGAAGGCUGCUCUGGCAGUCAUGGUCACGGCAAGAAAGUUGAGGCCUUACUUUUUAUCACAUCGGGUAGUGGUGCGCACUGCCCUACCUUUUAGACAAGUGUUGGGACGGCCGGAUUUGUCGGGAAGAAUGGUCAAAUGGGCUGUGGAGUUGGGGGAAUAUGAUGUGGAGUACGAGCCAAGAACGGCGAUCAAAGCACAAGCUUUAGCGGAUUUCAUACAAGAAACAACUCGCCGUCCUUUGCCAGAGUUUUGGGUUGCUUUCGUGGACGGAUCAGUAACGAAGGAGGGAUGUGGAAUUGGGGUGUACAUUACCUCCCCAGGUUAUGGGACAUAUCAGUUCGCCAUCAAAUUCACCUGCCGGCUGUCCAACAAUGAGGCUGAAUAUGAGACUGUGGUCAGAGGGGCGCAUAUUCUGUCAGAACUCAAGGCCGAAUGUGUCAUCAUCAAUACAGACUCCCAGUUGGUAGCUCAACAGUUGUCAGGGGCCUAUAAUGUCAGAGAUCAGUGGAUGAAGGCGUAUCAUUGCAAGAUCAGCGAGUUGAAAGGAAAGUUCAUGGAAUUUAAGAUUGAGCAAAUUUCCCGGGAGGAAAACACAAAAGCGGACUUAUUGGCAUGCAUGGCCAGUGCAGUAGAGCAGACGUGGAGCGACGAGAUUAUUUUACUCUGUGAUACCAGAGAGAUGGGGACUUCACAGGUCUUCUCCGUAGAGAUCAGAGACGACUGGCGGGCUCCAAUUAUACACUUCCUUAAGACAGGGGAGCGGUUGAACAGAGAAACUAAUCAGAGGGCCCGAUACGAAAAUUAUUGCUUGCUUAAUGACCAACUCUACAAACGAUCCUUUACUCAGCCUUUACUAAAAUGCUUAUCUCCAGAGGAAGCUAACUUUGCUUUAAACGAAGUUCAUGCAGGUUGCUGUGGUGGUCACACGGGAUUCCGGGACCUUGUUCGCAAAAUCAUUCGGGCAGGGUUCUACUGGCCUAACAUCAACAAAGACGCUAGAGAGUUCGUCCGCAAGUGUGAGGCUUGCCAGAGACACGCCGGGAGAAUCAACAUUCCAGGGGAACCUAUGGGCGUUAUGUACGCUGCAUGUCCAUUUGACAAGUGGGGUAUCGACAUAGUCGGGAAGCUGCCCAUGGCACCAGGGGGCAAAUGCUUUCUGCUCGUAGCAGUGGACUACUUCUCUAAAUGGGUCGAGGCUGAGGCUGUGGGGAAAAUCGAUGAGGUGACUGUGGAGCGCUUCAUUUGGCGGAAUAUAUGCUGCAGAUUUGGCGUGCCCAGGAUCAUCGUGUCGGACAACGGAACCCAGUUUACUGGGCAGAGGAUUGCGGAUUUCUGUGAUCGGAUGGACAUCACCCAACGAUUCGUCUCGGUGGCUCAUCCACAAGCGAACGGACAAGUGGAGUUGGCCAACAGGACAAUAUGCGAAGGGAUUAAGAAGAAGCUGAAUCAAAGUAGAGGCAAAUGGGUCGAGGAGUUAGACACUGUACUUUGGGCUUACCGCACUAGCCCAAAGACAGCCACGGGCGAAGCACCAUUCACUCUGGUGUAUGGAUCUAAUGCGGUGAUACCAGCGGAGGCAAGGUUGGAGUCAUAUCGGAUUACAACCUACAACACUGAGCACAAUGCCGAACUUCGCCGAGCAGAGUUGGAUUUGGUGGAAGCACAGAGGGAUGAAGCCCGGAUCCGAGCGGCAAAGUACAAGAGUAUUAUCAAGGCAGGAUACGACAAGAGGGUCAGAGCAAGAAAAUUAUCCAAGGGCGACUUGGUCCUUAAGCGAGCGGAUGCAUUAAAGGCAGUGGGCAAGUUCGAAGCUAAUUGGGAAGGCCCGUUCAUCAUCACAGAGAAAUGA